AUGGAAGAUCCUCAUGGGUCCAUUACCUUGACACAAACACGCGGGUCUUCCCGUCUGGAGAAAGAAAGGAAAUACCGCGAAAUGCGCGAAAAUCAGUUCAACGAAUGGCUUGCGGGUCGGCGACAACAACGCCUUGCACUGCUGGCGAAAAUCAAAGAGCAAACCAAGCAAAAGGCGGACUCCAGAAAUCACAAAGGCAUUGCGUCGCAAAUGCGUAUGAAGACGUUGGCAAACCUUACUUCCGAUAGACCGAAGCGGAAGCGCAGAGGGGGAGACGAUUAUGAUGAUGACUUUGGAGCCAACGACGACGACUGGGGCGUAUACCGCACCGUGGCUACGGAACCUACCAGCGAUGACGAGGAACCUGAGGAAGACCCAGUCAGCGCUCUGAAGGCCCUUGAAAGCGAGCUUCUCCAAUGUGACCGGAAGUCUCGGAAAAGGACAUUAUUGAGGCACAGAACGACUGGACAAAGAGCGUUUUGCACGCUUUCUUACGAGGGGCAAGGCUAG